CAACCGUUCGUGUCGCCACCCCGCUCUUUUUUCCUCCAUUCAACCUCGCGCUUCAGGUGGAAAUGGAGACCUUGACCUCUCUCUCUCUCUUCCCUUCCCCCACCUCUCUCUCUCUCUCUCUUCCCUUUGUUCUUUUUUUCUUCUUCUUCCUUGCAUUCUUGAUUCCGCGGUUGCGCCACCGGCCAUGGCUGCCUCCCUCAAGACCGCCGCCGUCGACCUAAAGGCGGCUGCCGCCCGCCGCCUCCGCCGCGGCCGACCCCCCGUGGCUACCUGGAAGAGCCGGAUCCUGGCCGUCGCUCUGCUCGCUACCGCCAUCACCGCCGUCCUCACCGGCGUCGUUCCCUUGUCCCCCACCAUCAGUUUCCUCUUCCCUCCCUCCACCUUUCCUACGUCCUCCUCCGCCUACGCCAAUUCCUCGGUAUCCCUUCUCUCCGUCAACCCUCCUCCGCCUCCUCUUAGUCGCCACCCAAUUCCUAAACGAGCAGCCUCUCGUCCUUCUCCAAUCCGGAAUCGUGGUUCCGCAGGCGUAAAUUCUGGUGCGGGUGAUGCAAAGGAAUCUUUUUUGUCGAUGUCACCAGAUGAGCAACUCAGGUAUGCCAAGAUGGAGAUUGAGAAUGCCCCUUUAGUUGUGGAUGAUCCUGAGUUAUUUGCCCCCUUGUUUCGAAAUGUAUCAGUUUUCAAGAGGAGCUAUGAACUGAUGGAAAGAAUUCUGAAAGUUUAUAUCUAUGAGGAUGGGCCAGCACCCAUUUUCCACACUCCAGAGCUUCAAGGCAUCUAUGCAUCUGAAGGAUGGUUCAUGAAAUUGAUGGAAGAGAACUGGCGAUUUGUGGUGACAAAUCCAAGCAAAGCUCACUUAUUCUACCUUCCCUAUAGUUCGCGUCAGCUAGGACUUACUCUCUACGUGCGUAAUUCACAUAAUUUGAGGCCCUUAUCACUCUUCUUGAGGGACUAUGUGAACAUGAUUGCUGCCAAAUAUCCUUUCUGGAAUCGAACUAGAGGAGCAGAUCAUUUUCUAGUUGCUUGCCAUGAUUGGGGGCCUUACACAACAACAGCCCAUGAAGAGCUGCGUGAGAACACCAUCAAAGCUUUAUGCAACGCAGACGUUUCGGAGGGAAUUUUUGUUCGUGAGAAAGAUGUGUCACUCCCUGAAACAACCAUCAGAUCACCAAAAAACCCCCUCAGAAAUGUAGGUGGUGGAAAACCUGUUUCCAAGCGUUCUUUUCUUGCAUUCUAUGCUGGGAACAUGCAUGGGAGGGUCAGACCCAUCCUGAACAAGUAUUGGGGUGAUGAUGAAGAUAUGAGAAUCUACCGUCGCCUGCCAAACAGGGUAUCCAAAAAUAUGUCAUAUGUCCAACACAUGAAGUCGAGCAAAUUCUGCAUCUGUCCUAUGGGCUAUGAGGUAAACAGCCCAAGGAUUGUGGAGGCUAUAUAUUACGAGUGUGUUCCAGUGAUCAUAGCAGAUAAUUUUGUGCUUCCUUUUGAUGAAGUGUUAGAUUGGAGUGCUUUUUCAGUUGUUGUAGCAGAGCAGGAUAUACCUAACUUGAAAAAUAUUCUUUUAGGAAUUCCUCUCAGGAGAUAUAUGUCUAUGCUUGCUGGUGUGAAGAUGUUGCAGAAGCACUUCUUGUGGCAUGCCAAGCCACUGAAGUAUGACAUUUUUCACAUGAUUCUGCAUUCAAUUUGGCUUAACAGAUUGAACCAGAUUCAACUUCAGCAGUAACAAUGUUUGCUGCAAUAAUUCAUGCAAGCUUAUCAAGUUAGAAUAUCAUUGUUUAAACAUGAGAGCUUCUUUGUCAUCUUGAACCAUGAGGAGACUGAUUACUAUUUGGUAUGCCCAUUGGAGAAGAUGAUUUGAGUUAAAGCCUGUCCUUGAUACAAAAAUCUGAUUUGUAUAUGUUUCGAGUCUUUUUCCACCUGGCAGACUGGCUGGUUUUCAUAGUUGAAGAUCCAGAGGUUUGAACACAAAUGUUUCUCCAAUGAGAACAGGCAGUCGGAAUAGGGAAGUUCACUUCAGGUAUGAAAGCAUAUGUUGUUUUAUCUUGUUUUGGUUUUUAUGUUGAUUGAGGUCAAUCAUUCUCUAUUUAUUCAAAAUAAUAAUGGCCAUCAGGCAUGAGGGUCUUUGGUACCCAAUUAGAUAAAAAUCGAGAAAUACAGUGGAUCUCCACAUCCAAAGUUCGAACCAUGGGCCUCUCAUAACUGCAGAGGGGUGCCAACCAGCUCAAACAAGGUUGGUUGGCAAGGGGAAUUAACUCUUUCUUUGUUCAUAUUUGCCACCAUCAGAUUCCUGGUAAAUAAAAAAUGACAUGCCCAACAGUAACAAUUUUAUUCCAAAUUUUGGUGCUUUGUUUGCAGGUUCUUUUUCCGUAUUUUGAGGGCAAGGGAGGGAUCCCAUCUGACUUCAUUGAGAGGAUCUUUUGCAGGUCUAUUAUUUUGUAGAAUUUUUUGUAAACAGCAGAAUGGAAGAGCACCAAGAAAUGAUCCACAACUCAAGUAAUUCUUCAACACUUGUGGAAUAAGAAGAGAGAUUGUAAAGUUGGUACUCCUACCCUAUUCAAGAAUUCUUUCAAGAAUAAUUCCCAUUGUAUGUUACACAUAAAAGAUAGCGCGUGAUUCUUUUGUAACUUCCUGAGUGAAUUCCUUUUUUGGCAAUAUCUAUGACGGUAUCAUCAUUGAACA